CAACUUGUAACGCGCAAGCACGAGAGAGAGAGAGAAAGAAAGAAUCAAAAAGAUCUGUUGAGGAGAGAUAGAAAGAAAGAGAGCGGAGAUGUCGAUAGCUUUGCUUUUGCCCUCGCCGGUGAUGACGCAGAAGCCGUCGUCAAUAACUUCUCCUCCCCGUGGCUUUGGAUCUUCUUCUUCUCGUCUCCUUCAAGUUUCUUGCGUCACCAAGAACCCUGCUAGGAAUAAUAACGUAACAUGCAAUAAUUUUCGACCAAUCAAGGAAGUAAAUAACCAAAUAACACACACAAUACCACAAGAGAAGCUCGAGAUCUUCAAAUCAAUGGAGAACUGGGCAGAAACCACACUACUACCGUAUCUCAAACCGGUCGAAGAUUCAUGGCAACCACAGGACUUUUUACCGGCGCCCGAGACCGAUGAUGCAUUCUACGACCAAGUCAGAGAGAUUAGAGAACGAACAAAGGAGAUUCCUGAUGACUACUUUGUAGUUCUUGUCGGAGACAUGAUCACGGAAGAAGCACUUCCAACGUAUCAAACGACGUUAAACACACUUGACGGCGUUAAGGAUGAAACCGGUGGGAGUUUAUCGCCGUGGGCGGUUUGGAUCAGAGCAUGGACGGCGGAGGAAAACCGUCACGGUGAUUUGCUUAACAAGUAUCUUUACCUAUGUGGUCGCGUUGAUAUGCGACAUGUUGAAAGGACUAUACAAUAUCUAAUCGGUUCUGGUAUGGAUUCGAAGUUUGAAAACAAUCCUUACAAUGGAUUCAUCUACACAUCGUUCCAAGAACGCGCCACAUUCAUCUCUCACGGCAACACGGCGAGGCUAGCCACGACCUACGGCGAUACAACACUAGCAAAGAUCUGCGGAACAAUCGCCGCCGACGAGAAACGUCACGAGACUGCUUACACGAAGAUAGUGGAGAAGCUAUUCGAGCUCGACCCCGACGGAACAGUACAGGCGCUGGCGAGCAUGAUGAAAAAGCGGAUCACGAUGCCAGCUCACCUUAUGCACGACGGAAGAGACGACCAACUUUUUGAUCACUACGCCGCGGUGGCGCAGAGGAUCGGAGUUUACACGGCGGCGGAUUACGCUGGUAUCUUGGAGUUUCUGUUGAGGAGGUGGAAGGUGGAGAGUUUGGGGUCGGGGUUGUCAGGUGAAGGAAGGAGAGCACAGGAGUAUCUGUGCACGUUGCCGCAGAGGAUCAAGAGGUUAGAGGAAAGAGCCAGCGACAGGGUCAAACGUCAGUCAAAGGGAUCUGUCUCGUUUAGCUGGGUGUUUGGUAGAGACGUGGAACUAUAAAUAAUUAAACAAUAAACUUUAACCAGUCAAAUAAAUAAUUAAACAAAUGAUGUUUGUGAUCAAAUUACGACUGUCUUAACAAACACAUAAGUCAUCUAGCUCACAAAAUGCAUGAUCCAGCCUAAUUCAUUGUAAAUCAUAAAUUACUGUCGCUAUUAGUUCUCUUAAACA